AUGAGAGUUCGUGGGUGGAUAGGGGCAGCAAAAGAGGUUGGCAGAAGGCCGAUGCUAGCCAGGCUGCAUCACAGGGAGACAGAGACACGUGGCGGUGCCACUAGGGUCCUAUUCUGCUUCCGUGUGAGCUUCAUUUGUGACACCUACGUAGUCCUCGCUUGGAAUAGCAGGGUAAAAAGCAGCCCUGACGCUCACGUCUCCUUUGAUGAGCUACACACCAGGAUACAGCAGAACAGAAGGCCUUGGGAAAGAGGGUCUAGUCAGGUGCCAGAACAGGUGACACCAACAAGCUCCAUUCUUUGGAGGCAGCUAUUUUAA